GAGGAGCGAGCGAGCGUUACUUUUGUCCGUCGUCCUUACAAUUCCUCAUUGUUAUUGUUAGUACUCUUCCUUGGCUUCAAAAAAUUGUUGGUGCCCGGGAAAGACGAGUGAGUCUACUCUACUCUACUCUACUCGACCAUACCCUUUUCGCUCAUCUCCAUAGCGCUUAUCGAUUUCCUCCGAUUAAGGGGCGGACGUCACAGACAAGGACAGAAAGGCAUCAUCUUUCUCACUGUGCUUCCCUUAUUCUCUGGUUCUGGUUUUUCAUGGCCUGAAGAGGAGCAGAGCAGGGGGAGUAGAGAAUGAUGAUGUUGAUGUGGUUAUAGGGUUUCAGAAAAAAAGAUGGAAUAUAACAAGGACGAAGCAUGCAGGGCUAUGGAGAUAGCGGAGAGGAAAUUAGCCGCGCAGGAGGUGGCGACGGCCAAGAAAUUUCUAGUCAAGGCACAGCAACUGUACCCAUCGCUGGAAGGGUUGCCCCAGAUGAUGGCUGUGCUCGAUGUCUACAUGGCCGCUGAGAAGAAAGUCAACGGUCAGACCGACUGGUAUGGUAUUUUGCAGGUGGAUGUGGUGGCCGAUGAAGCUCUCAUUAAGAAACAGUACAGAAAAUUGGCCCUAAUGCUGCACCCGGACAAGAACAAGUGCGCUGGGGCGGAGGGAGCUUUUAAGCUCAUUGGGGAAGCUUGGGGUGUGCUCUCCGAUAAGAUUAAACGCUCUGUCUAUGACCACAAGCGAAUUUAUGUGCCGCCCUCGGCAAACAGGAUUGUUCAGAAAAACCCCAAGCCAAAUGCUGCACCUGCACCUGCACCUACGAGGCCACAGGCACCGCCACCGGCAGCUCACAAUGGAGGUUUUUUCAAGUAUACGUCUGGGGCCCCCACCACAUUUUGGACGGCUUGCCCCUUCUGCAAGAUGCAGUAUGAGUACCUCAGGAACUUUCUUAAUCAUAACCUUCUUUGCCCUAAUUGCCAAAAGCCCUUCAUGGCCUUGGAGACAACUUUUCUUCACAAGAACGGCCAGACUAACUUUGCUGGAGCUACAGGUAUGCCCAGGGGUGGGGCUGUGCCCUAUCCCCCUUUCUCCGCCCCUCAAACUUCCUUUCCACACAAUGCAGUACCUAGGCAUUACAAUACACACUCCGCCUCUGCCUCCGCCUCUGCCCCGGUCCCCACUUCCGCCCCCGCCCCUGCUCCCGCGUCCGCCCCCGCCCCCGCCCCCGCUGCCCCUGACAAGGCAAAGAAUGAGAUACCUGCUUCUAAGAGAAAAGAAGACGAUCUCAAGAAAACCGACUCGAAGAAGGAAGAUAAUGGGCGGAAGAGGAGUGUCUCCGAGAAGAGCAACAAGAGAAGGAAGAAGCGCAGCCAAGAGAGUGAUUCUGACGAGGACAUACAUGCUUCUUCUGUUUCAGAUGAGGAUGAUGACGAUGUGGUGGAAGUAGUAGACAAGGUGAAGGGGAAUGCAACGAGCAAGUCGAGGUCGAGGAGGAAGGAUAGUGACGAGGAGGAAGAGGAGGAGGUGGAGGAGGAGGAAGAAGAAGAUGAGGGCCCGGAGAAUAUUGAUGUACCAGAUGCCGACUUUCAUGAUUUUGACAAGGACAGGGCUCCCGAUUGUUUUAAAGAGGAGCAGAUUUGGGCUGUGUAUGAUGAUGAUGAUGGCAUGCCUCGUUUUUACGCUCGCAUUCACAAGAUUCUCAAGUCCAAAGAGUUCGAGGUUAAGAUGAAUUGGCUGGAGCCUUUAAAAAAGGACAAGUUUGUUAAUGACUGGUUGGAUGCUGGAUUUUACCAAAGCAAUGGAGAUUUUAAAGUCGCAAAAAAGUUAUCCAACGGAAACCUGAAUAUAUUUUCUCAUAUUGUUGCAUGGGAAAAGCGUCCUAAAGGAAUUGUUCGAAUUGUACCCCAAAAGGGGGACGUGUGGGCUUUGUACAAAGAGUGGAGUUGCAGCUGGAAUGAAGACACUCCUCCACAUGAUAGACACAUUUAUGAAAUGGUAGAGAUUUCAACGGACUAUAACGACGGGGAUGGUGUGGGUGUGAUUCCCCUUGUCAAAAUUGAUCGCUUCAAAUCCGUGUUUCAGAAAACACAGUUAUCUAAAUCGAUUUCCAAGGAUGAGCUUAGGAGAUUUUCUCAUCAAGUUCCAGCCAAAAAGCUUUCUGGUGACGAGCGCGAAGAUUUACCCAAGGAUUGCUGGGAGCUUGACCCUGCUGCUACUUCUGGCGGUGGAGACAUGUCAACUGCAUAAGGUUUUCUGCUUCAAAAUCUUCACUUCCACCUUCCUUAGGGUUUGGAUCUCAGUAUUUCGGUAAGCAAAAUGUAUCAUACUCGACUGCUAUGCAGUUGAAUUGAAUCGAAUCCUGAAAGGAUUGCUUUGCAUUCUUCAGUUUUUAACUCUUUAGCCAUCAUCGGGAUACCAUACGAAAUUGCCAACCAAGUAGCCCUUGGUUCUGCACUAACCUGCACUAACCUUUUCUUCCGUGGUGUGAGUUAAAUUUGAGAACGUUGUUGAUUUCCAUUUUUGGUUGCCACAAACAGGUAAUGAUAACCAUAUGCAGGAUCUGAUAAUUUGCUUAGAUGCUUAAGAAUUAUCAAUUUCGCUGUAUCUUAUCGUAGUUAGACAUGAAAUUUUCUUUGCAUCUAUAACUUUUGAUCAAUGUUCUCGUUUGGGAGAAGUUACUUUUUGAUUUGGUUAUAUAACAAUUAUGACACUUUUUUGCUAUGUUUAUAAAAAAAAUGUAAUGAUAAUGCAAAUUAAAAAGGUCCUUCUCCACGGUGGCUUUUGUCAAGUGCAGGUGCCGGGUAUCUAUAUGCCAGCACAUUUUUAGGCUUUUGUUAGAUAGUGUGAAAUGGGAGCCCCCGAACGGUCAUCUUAGGAGUUUCAAUAAUAAAUGUUACAAUUCUAAAUGGCAUCGUCUGAUUACUGUCUUGAUUGUAAAUGCUCCAAAAUAUCAAGGGAGAAAAUUAGAGUCCACUGAUUCUUAUGACAUUAUGUGGGUUGCAAUGCCUGGUAACAACUCUCUUUUGUAAAUUUGAUUCGUGUAAUGCAUUAUUAUUAUGGAAUAAUUAAUGAGGAGUUUCCAUUCUA